CCGGGGGGGUGUCAGCGAACCAUCCCGCACCAGGACCAAACCCCGAGCUGAGUCGGCGAUGGCCCCCCUGUGACACGGCGGCGGGAUCCUCGUAGCAUGGCCCCAGCCCGGCGGGAGCGCAGCGGCCGGGAGAUGCUCCUCCUGGCGGCGGCGGGCUGCCUGCUCCUGGGUGCUGCGCUGCUGCAGCCGGCGCUCGCCAAGGUGUGCAACGACCGCACCAAGCGCGGACAGGACAACAGCUGGUUCGCCCGGGACGGCGAGGAUUUGCCCAUCAUGGUGCUCAUGCCCAUGAACGAGUCGGCGCUGAUGAGCGGCAUCAGCCAGGGGAUCGAACCCGCGGUGCAGCUGGCCAUCCAGCACAUGAGGGAGUCCAGGAAGUACUCGUUCUCCCUCAUCACCAAAAUCUACGACACCGAGUGCGACAACGCCAAGGGCCUGAGGGCUUUCUUCGACGCCAUCUGCUACGGCCCCAAACACCUGAUGAUCUUCGGCGGCGUGUGCCCCUCGGUCACCUCAAUCAUCGCCGAGUCCUUGGAGGGCUGGAACCUGGUGCAGCUGUCCUUCGCGGCGACCACGCCCGUCUUGGCGGACAGGAAAAAGUACCCCAACUUCUUUCGCACGGUGCCGUCGGACAACGCCGUCAACCCGGCGGUGGUCAAGUUCCUCAACUACUACAACUGGAGCCGCGUGGGGACGCUCACUCAGGACGUGCAGCGCUUCUCUGAGGUGAGGAACGACCUGACGAGCGAGUUGGAGAAGGCCGACAUCCAGAUCGCCGAUACGGAAAGUUUCUCCAACGACCCGUGCAUCAACGUGAAGAAGCUCAAGGACAAUGACGUGAGAAUUAUCAUCGGGCAGUUUGACGAGAACUUGGCCUCUAAAGUCUUCUGCUGUGCGUACAACCUGAACAUGUUUGGCAGCAAGUACCAGUGGAUCAUUCCUGGCUGGUACCAGGGCAACUGGUGGGAACAAGCCAACAGCACCAACUGCACCACCAAGAAGCUGCUGGUCGCCAUGGAAGGUUACAUCAGCGUCGACUUUGAGCCGCUCAGCGCUCGCCAGAUCAAAGGCAUCUCGGGCAGGACGCCAAAGGAGUACGAGAGGGAGUACAGCCGGGAGCUUCGCCAGAAAGGGGUGGAGCCCAGCAAAUUCCACGGCUUCGCCUACGACGGCAUCUGGGUCAUCGCCAAGACCUUGACCCGGGUCAUGGACCUGCUGCGGGUCAAGCAACGGCAAAACCACUACCACAACUUCACGGUGGACGACCACGAGGUGGGCAAGAUGGUGCUGGACGUCAUGAACGAGACCAACUUCUUUGGCGUGACGGGCCAGGUCAUGUUCCGCAACGGAGAGCGCAUGGGCACCAUCAAGUUCAACCAGUUUCAAGAGGGUCAGGAGGUGAAGGUGGGGGAAUACAACGCCAUCGCCGACGUGCUCGACCUCAUCAACAACUCCAUACGCUUCCAAGGCGUGGAGCCGCCCAAAGAUCGUACCAUCGUGCGUAAGGAGCGGCGGCACAUCAACGUUCCGCUCUACAGCAUCCUGUCCACCAUCACCAUCCUGGGCAUGCUCAUGGCCGGGGCCUUCCUCUUCUUCAACAUCAAGAACCGCAACCACCGACUGAUCAAGAUGUCCAGUCCCUACAUGAACAACCUCAUCAUCUUAGGAGGCCUGCUCUCCUACGCCUCCAUCUUCCUCUUCGGGCUGGACGGAGGUUUCGUGUCGGACAAAGAGUUCGAGACUCUCUGCACGGUGCGGACGUGGAUCCUCAUCGUCGGCUACACCACGGCCUUCGGCGCCAUGUUCGCCAAGACCUGGAGGGUGCACGCCAUCUUUAAAAAUGUCAAGAUGAAGAAGAAGAUCAUCAAGGACCAGAAGCUGCUGAUCAUCGUUGGCGGCAUGCUGCUGAUCGACUUGUGCAUCCUCAUUUGCUGGCAGAUUGUGGACCCGCUGAGGAGGACCGUGGAGGAGUACAGCCUGGAGCCGGACCCUCACGACCGAGACCUGGCCAUCCGUCCCUUCCUGGAGCACUGCGAGAACACCCACAUGACCAUCUGGCUGGGCAUCGUCUACGCCUACAAGGGCUUGCUGAUGUUGUUCGGCUGCUUCCUGGCCUGGGAGACGCGCAACGUCAGCAUCCCCGCCCUCAACGACAGCAAGUACAUCGGCAUGAGCGUCUACAACGUGGGCAUCAUGUGCAUCAUCGGCGCCGCCGUCUCCUUCCUGACCAGGGACCAGCCCAACGUCCAGUUCUGCAUCGUGGCGCUGGUCAUCAUCUUCUGCAGCACCAUCACGCUCUGCCUGGUCUUUGUCCCCAAGUUCGUCUCCAUGAGGACCAACCCCGACGCCGCCACGCAGAACCGCAGGCUGAAGUUCACCCAGAACCAGAAGAAGGAGGACUCCAAGACGUCCACCUCCGUCACCAGCGUCAACCAGGCCAACACCUCCAGACUGGACGCUCUGCAGACCGACAACCACCGCCUGCGCAUGAGGAUCACUGAGCUGGACAAAGAACUGGAGGAAGUGACCAUGCAGCUGCAGGACACGCCUGAGAAGACUCCCUACAUCAAACACAACCACUACCCCGACGCCAACAACAUCCUCAGCAUACGCAACUUCACUGACGGCAAAGAUGCUGACAGGAGCCUCCUGAAGAACCAUCUGGAGCAGAAGCCUCAGGGCCAGUGGGGCUCCAUGGAUCCUUCCAGAAUAACUCGCGGUCCUUUGGAGGACAUCAACUCCCCUGAACACAUCCAACGCCGGCUGUCCCUGCAGUUGCCCAUCCUGCACCACGCCUACCUGCCCUCCAUAGGGGGUGUAGACGCCAGCUGCACCAGCCCCAACGACAGCCCCGGCUCCAGCCCGCGCCACAGACACAUGCCCCCCUCCUACCGGGUCAUGGUGUCGGGCCUGUGAGCCUCACCCAGCGCCGGCAAGACCCCGCCCAUCUCCACCACGCCGACCCCCCUAUGGCCCCCCUUAACACACACACCACCGUCUCUUCUUGCCAAGGAGACCGAGGGUCCUUUUUUCUACCACAAGACGGACUGAGAGCAUCAGCAACAUGGAGGACCUUACUCUACAUCUGCAGCGCCCGCAGGAGUGGGAGGAGCCAACCUCCGCUAGCAACAACCAAGCCUUAGCCGCUCCUUUGUCGCAUGUAAAUACCAUUCCAGACUUUUGGCUUUGUGGUGGCGGCGGCGGCGGUUUGGGGCGCUCCCACCAAAGCACACGCCGCUAGUGAGCGCUCUUGACGCACGUGAAGACUCUUUCUUUGUCCACCGCCGCUUAUCCUCACUGCUCAUUAUCCCACGCCUUGGAUCGGACUUUCGUGUGUGUGUGUGUGUGUGUGUGUGUGUGUGUGUGUGUGUGUGUGUGUGUGUGUGUGUGUGUGUGUGUGUGUGUGUGUGUGUGUGUGUGUGUG